AUGAGCUCGCCGCCAACCACUCCUGAGGCGCCGGACUCGCCCAUCCCAGCAUACGACGACACCGUCGAACUCGCCCCGGAGUCGGGCUACAACUUGGACGCGAAAAUCGAGUACCGCAACCUCAAAUACAAACUGCCCACCGACCACUUGAAUUGCCCUAUAUGCCAGCAACCGUUUAUCGAACCGCUCACCACCAUUUGUGGACACACCUUCUGUAAAGAGUGCAUCCAAGAAUGCUUCAAAAUGGCCAAGGACGGCAAUGUUACCCGGGGAAGUUGUCCCCUCGAUCGCACACCAUUAGACGCCACCAACAUCAAUCAAUUAUUUCCUACGCCAUUACUCAUAACAAACUUGGUUGAUGACCUCAAGGUGUAUUGUCUUAACCAAACCAGAGGCUGUGAAUGGAAUGGAAGCCGUUGGGAGCUCGAACACCAUCUCGACUUUGACUGCAACCACACGGGUGUGGUGUGCCACGGGAUAAGGCACGAUGAAGUCGACGACGAAGGCAAUCCUGUGAAAUGUCCACGGCUUGUGGAGCGGCAGUAUCUUGGCAAAUCUUCAGAAUGUGCUCACAAACUAUACACCUGCAAAUUCUGUAAGAAGCAAGUCUGCAAAAUUACUGAAAACACACACCUCGAAACCGAGUGCCUUUUCAACUACAAAACUUGUGACUUAUGUUUGAACGACUGUAUUGCUCAGAAGAAUUUGGAGAAGCACAGAGAGAACUGUUCACACGUCGGCCACAUUACUUGCCUGGCGCGCGAUCUCGGGUGCAAAUGGAUGGGGGGUAACGAGACCCUGCUCGAAAUCCAUUUGGAAAAUUGUCCUCUUUUCCAAUUCAUGCCGGUUUAUCAAAAACUCUCCGACCAAGUGAGUGGCCUCGCUACUGAAAAUCAAUUCCUCCAAAAACAAAUCAACAAAAUACUAGACCUGAUAAUACAGGGGAAAAUCACCAACUUGGGUUACGCCGAAAACCUUGAAACUAUUCUGCUGGAGAAGUCAUCUGCAACUGACCAGCAAUUACUUUGUGUGAACUUCGAACUUGACCGGCUCAAAUACGAAGUCAACGAGAAAAUAUUGCCAUUCAUAAGUAAGCAACGUCAAAGCGAGCAGGAGCUGAUGAUGUCAAAUAUCAUGAAUGAUUCAUUCAUGAUGCGGGAAGACCUCAACCUUCAGCGUAUGGUGAUCAACUCUUUGCGCAAACAAAUCCAGUUUAUGAUGUUUUCCCGAGGCCCUCACCGGAUGAUGGGCCUCAAUCCAAUGUCGGGCCCCUCUAUCGAUAACCCCAUGGCUCCUCCUUUUGAUGUGCGACCUCCAGGUGCUGGUAGCUACAUGAGUUACGAGGAUAUGGCGCAAGAUCUUCUAGACUCCUCGUCACGAAGCAGCCUGGAAGAACGAAUUUGCUUGAAACUUUAG